GCUCCUUCACCUGAUCAUGAGGAAGAAUUUCGGUAUUCUGGCAGUGAGGAAGAAGAUGAACAGCUCUUAGCAGGAAUGAUCGCAGAGGAGAUGGGGUGAGAACCUGCUUCAUGCUUGUGUAAUUCAGAUCUUAAAGUCUAAUAAUUCUUGUUCCUCUUUUUGUCCUUGUACAGAUAUGUCCCGGAGAUUCCUACACUUGACAUAUUUCACUGAAUGUUUUCCUUCAUAUUUGCAGAAUUGUCAAUGUACAGUCAACCUUGAGAAGGAAUCUGACCUUAAUGCAAGGAGGCACAUUUGGAAGGGGUAAGUGUAACAGCAUAUAAAUUUAUGGGAAACUAGUAAAAAAUAGAGGUUUCUGUAAUGAAAAGAGAUAUAGAAUGGAAAAUUUUAAUUUGAAGCGGAAGCGAAGAAGAGUAGGAAGUGGAUAAGAGAAGAUGGAAUGGGAGGGGAGUUAGAGUGAGGGAAAUAGAAUGGGAAUAGGAGGGAGGCUAUAAUAGGGAGGAGAGUGUGAGGGUGGGGUAAACUGUAGUGAAAAGGUGAGGGGCAGAUGGACUAGGGUGGAAAAAGUUUUAGUCUGAGAUUUUUUUAAUCUGGAUUUCUUUAUCCUAUUGUAAUGGAGAGAGAAAAUGGUUUUUUGUUUUGUUUUUUCAGGUAAUUAUCCACCAAGAAAGAGUAGCAGUGGUAGUAGUCCAGUAAGUGUGAACACUCUUUAAAUGCACAAUAAACUCUUGCCAUUUCCCUAAAGACACAUGCAACAGAUUUAACAUUUAGCAUAAUUUAAGUUUUUGGCUGAAAGAAGAGAAACAAAAUAAUGGAUCUUUCAGUCCCUCUCACUUACAAAGCCAUUGGUGAAUGUAUGGAGCCUAUAAGUAUGUCACCAUUACCAUCAUAAACUUAUGUGAACUUAAACUACAGUUUUCCUUCAAGUGUUAUCACAUUCUUUCCCAAGUCUUUGAAAACUUAUUUAUGUAGUUGUUAUCUUUCUUUAUGAAAACUCUUGUGCAUGCCACUUGGAUCUGAUGCAUUAUGCUCUUGACAGGAAAUGAAUCAGAACCAUGCUCCUCCGCAUUAUGCAGGUGCUACUGGUGGAUAUGACAAUGACGUCUUCCUUGACACCAGUGUAGACAGCUUUGUAACACUUAACACAGAUGACACUUUAACAGCAUCAAAUCAUUCAAGACAUCAGUGAGUGUGGCUUGUGUCUAACCCUCCUUCGUUUGUUGUGCCCUGUUUACAAUGUCCACCUUCCCUUCCUUCUUCAACCCUUUCUAACUCUGUCUCCUUUCCCUUUGCUUCCAUUCCCUUCUUCCCUUUCCCACCCCCUCCCCUUUCCCUUUUCUGACCCUUCCCCCCUCUUCCACCCUGCCACUUUCCCACCCGUCCCCUUUCCCUUGCCUUCCCUUCUUCCCUUCGCCUUCUCUGACCCUUCCCCCCUCUUCCACCCUGCCCCUUUCCCACCCCCUCCUUUUCCCCUUCCCUUCCCUCGCUUUCUUCCCUUUCCAAAACCCUUUUCCCUCUCCCCUCCCUUCUUGCCUUCCCUUCUCUGGCCCCUCUUCCCUCUUCUUUCUCUUCUUCCUUUCUGUUCUUUCUUUACUGCCCUUCCUUUCCCAUCCCCCAUCUUCCCACUCCCUUUUUCUUCUCUCCUUUCUAACUCCCUCCCCCCUUCAUUUCCCUUCCACCCUUUCCCACUUGUAUUUUCCUUGUUUUCCCCUCAAAGCACCUAUCCAAAGUUUUUAUGGCAUUCAUCAUUUUUCAGUAACUUCAACACAAAAUACCGUCUUGUCUACUAGAAGGCCACUAUUUUGAUAUCAGUGACUAUUUCAAACUUUCAGUAGGGAACUGGAAAGAAGUGACAGUCUUUUAUUAUUUUCUACAGUGCAUCAAAUUUUGGGCAUCAUCAUGUGCCAGAUGAUGGAGAGCUCACUUUAAGACCACAACGAGAAGGUAAAUUAUCACUUUGGUCUGCACCCAUUACAUCCCCCACCCCUCCCCCUUACAGUCCCAUUUUACCCCCAUUUUCUUCAUGGACAGUCAGAAAAUUAGAACCAAUUUUCUUUUCCCCAAGAGUUUUAGAAUUUGCAGGAUUUCUCUGUAUUAAACCUCAAUUUAACUGGAAUUACUGCAUUCAACCAACCUCCAGAACCAUUAUUAAUUUUAUAGUUUGUAUGGUGAAUAUUUUUCAAGUGUUGGUAAUGUUUUGUUUAAUUUUCCUGAAGCUCAAGAUGAAGAUGCUGAUGGAUUUGAUACCAUGGUUGUUAAAGAAGAUGACAAUGAUUCAGAAGUAAGAUCUUUGUUCCUCAAUAACUAUUCCUUGAAAGAGGGGUAAAGAUGAUCAGAAAAGUGUCAGACAUUUAACCUUUAGACAGACUAGCUUGCAUCUUACUUUCCAUUCUUGUAUUUACCAACGAGUUAUUAUCAGACGCAAAAUCAAGGUUUUGAUCAGUGGACCCUCAUAGUGGCACUGAUAGAAAUCAGAUGCUAGCCUUCCAUCUCCAACCACCUUUCAUUGGCUACGCAUAUCUAAAGUGCUUAUAUCAGCUGUCCCAGUCAAAAGCAUAAAGUUGUAAUCUAUUAUAAGAAACAGCUCAAUCUUUUCACAGUUUGCUUAUUGUAUUCUUUUGCAAAUGUAAGAGCAAUUUCUGGUGAUUUUUUAUCAAGUAAUUAUUGGCAUUAAGUCCAGCUCAAUCUCAUAUGCAUACUGUUGUUGUAGCCUUAGGUUGUUGCUUCUAAAAUAUGCCUAGUUUGUUUCCAGAAACGCUGAAAAGGUUUAAAGUAACAGUAUGGCCCUUGUGAAGGUCCUCAGUAGAAACGGUCAUUGUAUUAUUCGGGGUAAUAAAAUGUUGUUCACUACUGAAAUUUUUUUCAAAUUGUAUCCUCAGGGCAGUGCAUCCACUGCAAGUAUUGGAGAAGCAAGUAGCCCCGCUCGACCCCUAACAAACAAUCUGCCUGAUGUUCUUCCAACACAACAGCAGAAACUUAAGGUUGAUGAAAACUUUAAUUAACUAAGUAGAUAACGAUUUGGAGGUAGUACACAUCCACAAAAUGGCUCUUCGUCCACCAUUCAUUAUGGAAUUGGAAUUAGAAAAUGUUACUUUUGUGGGAGAGGAAAGUCGGAGUAACCCACGAAAAACCUUUGAAAAAGAGAGAACCAACAACAAACUCAAACCACUUAUGGCACUGAUGCCGGGACUCAAACCUGGGCCACACUGGUGGGAGGUGAAUGCCCUCACAACUGUGCUGCCAUGCCAGUUGUAACAUGGUAUUUUCAGUUAGAACGUUUUAAAGUUUCCGUUCAAAAAUUAGACCCGCCUUUCUCCUCUGUGUCAGUAGUGAAGUCAUGCAACAGGACGGGAGACCAUCCUGUGACGUUUACUCACCAGUUUUAGGCAUAAUAGCAUCACAAGUUUCAUCUUGUAAAACCCAUUUUGGGAUUCUGGUAUUUCUAUGUUACACUGCAUUAAAAAAUAAGUUACAUACGUGCUUGCCGAAAAUUUCAGGCCCUUGGGUUUGAAACGUAUCUUACUGCACCAUUUGUACACAAGUUUCAGCAAGGAAUUUUAGCAUUAAGCAAUUCCUUGAACUGCAGAUCAAUACUGCAUUCUUGAGUUAAAAUGGUUUGGAGAUAUGAAGAGUUAACUUUUGAAAGACCAAAUUUUUUUAAAAAAUUUGCAUUAUUGUCGUACUAACUUUGUUACUUGUUGUAUUAUGUAUUUUAUCUUGAAUUUUAGAAAGCUGAACUUGAGCGGAAGGCAUCAGAUGACUCCAUUGCUUCAUCAACUGCAGGUCAAGAUUCCAAGAAGGACCGAAAAUUUUCUAAACAACGAAGCUUUGGCUUCGGUCGGCCAUCACAAGCCCCUUCAGAGGUGUCAGUCAAUUUAGCUCCAGACAGAGCAUCAAAUGCUAGUCUUGAUGAUAUGGGGGUAUGUACAUGUGAUGAUAUGGGGGGUACGUACAUGUGAUAAUAUAGGGGUACAUACAUGUGAUGAUAUCGAAAUCAAAUCAAAUCAAAUCAAUUUUAUUUAAGCUCGAUAGCGUGAGGAGUGGUUGCCCAAUCUCCCGAGCCAGGGGCUCAUGUAUUAAACGCUCGAGCAUUCCGGAUCGAAUUGGAAUUUAGAAAUGUUGGUUUCAAAUAUGGGGAUAUGUACAUGUGAUGAUAUGGGGGCAUGUACUUGUGAUGACAUGGGGGCACAUACACUGUACAUGUGAUGAUAUGGGGGGAUGUACAUGUGAUUAUAUGGGAGUACAUGUAUGUACAUGUGAUGAUAUGGGGAGACGUACAUGUAAAGCAGUACAUUUAAAGUUUAAAGGUGUGGAGACACAAUCAAUUGACUAUACUUUACUAAAAAAACAAAUUGCUGCUUGUUACUUUUAUUUUAGAUGCCCCAGAUAAGGAAAUACAAGUACAAAUUCCGUACAGAAAUCCUAUGUGGAGCUCUUUGGGGUGAGGUUGUUAUUGUGAUAAGUUCUCAUAUUUUUUGUGAAUAGCAACUUGCCAUGAUCUGCAAGAUCCUUCAUUUGGUCAUUGUCUCGCCAAGAAUGGAAACAAUGGCAGAAAAUAUUAAGUCUUGGGCUCAGUUUUCAUUAUGUCAGGCUUUGCAACAAGAAACAAGGUCUUUAGUUUAAUGUAUUUGUGAGAAAAAGAACACUGCUGUUUAUUUUUAAGGUCUUCUAGUUUAAUGUAUCUGUGAUAAGAAAAUUUUGUCAUUUAUUUUAACACUGAUAAUCUCUCUUUUUAGGUGUCAAUCUUAUCGUCGGCACAGAAACUGGUCUGUAUUUAUUGGACCGAAGUGGAUAUGGAAAAGGUGGAAAAUCUUAUUCGUGCUUUUUUUUCUCUCCUUCUUCUAACAUAAUGACGAACCGUACCUUAUGUCCACAUUUCUCUGACGGAGCAUAAAAGAUACCUGGCAUUUAAUCAGUUAUUUUUUUAAAAGCACUAUCUGGUCAAUACGACCAAAUUUCAUGGCUCUUGAUUUUCAGACAUUAACGAGUUCCAAUCAGUGUCUGAUGUGGCUCCAUCCUCGGAGACCCAGGGGCAGAUUAAGGGGCCAAGGGAAAGUCAUUAUCUCACCUAAGGGGAUUUUUUUACCUACCACUUCCAGCCCAUGGCCUUUUCAGUCAAGUUUUGCAAACGGACUAUCUUUUCAAAGCUGAUCAGAAAUUACAUAUUAAAAAUGAUGUCUUUUUUAAAUUCCUUUGUUACAUUUUCCUAUGGGUACCCCUGUCGUGUAACCAUUAUUUUUUGUUUUGCUCUUUAUUUUCGGCAUUUGGGUUUAAAUAUGAAAUAAUUUGGUUCCUUUUUUUGCCCCUCAGUUUUUCAACUCAUCUCAAGACGCAGAUUUCAACAGAUAGACGUUCUCGAAGGAAUAAACGUGCUUAUUUCCAUAAGUGGUAAGGAUGUGAUUUCACUCUGUUAGGAAACUUCUGUUCAUGAUUUGCUUAAGAAUGUUGAAAUAAAAUAUUGAUUUUUUUUUUCUCCCAGGCAAACAAAACAAACUCCGUGUGUACUAUCUAUCAUGGCUCAAAGCAAAAAUUCUCAAAGGAGAAGAGGUAUUUUACACAGCUGUAUUAACUGAUGUUCAGUCUUUAUUCGGAGUGGAAAGGAAUAUUUUACGUGCAGUAAAAACUUUCCGUUGCACAAACAUGGUAAAGGAAAAGAAAUUUUGUUCACAAACGAGACUUGUCGGUGAAAUGAGGAAGUGUAAUGUUAAAAUGGUUUAGUGGGUCAAGUCAAUCAUCACCUCUUUCACAGAAAAAUGGCUCGAAAACCACACUAUGUAUUGUGUCAUGCAGCUUUUGUAAGGAACUACAACUUUCCUUCUUACUACAUUCAUUGUGAUGUUGAGCGGGUCCCGGGUUUUCUCUUUGAUGACAGAACACUUUGAUCAAAGAAAGUUUAUUUGAAUAUAUUUUUUUUUCCAUGCAGGCUGAAAACCAUAGAAGACAACGAGGCUACACUACAGUGGGCGAUCUUGAAGGAUGUGUCCAUUAUAAAGUUGGUAAGUCAGGUGCCUAGCUACAACUUAACCCUUAGGCUCGGCAAUUGCGAAAUUCAAAGGGGUUUACAUUCUGUGUUACGGGAAAAAAGACUUAUAUUGGCCAAGCAAUAAUGGUAGUAUUUUGCUGCCGGGAAGCAAUCUGGACAUUGACUUCUACAGGUUCUUUUAGUUUUUUGUGCCCUCGUAAGGUCAUACAGGAUUCUGGAUACGAACGUAACAGCCGUAUGUAAGACAAAUGUUGACUGAGCCUGAGUUGGCUUUGCGGAGCUUAUGUUUUCUUGUAAUUUGUAACACGAGUAUUGAGCGUUUCUUGGGGAAAAGUUGAAGAGAAAAGCAAAAGGGGAAUCCCCCUCAAAAGAAGUUCAAGCUUCAAUCUGCGUCAAAAGUCGGUGAAACGGUUCCUUCACAAACGUAUUUUGAGAGACAUCCUUUUACACUUCCUGAAGCAAAAUUAUGAAAAUAGAAUGAUCUUGGUUGCCCCUCCCACCUUCCGUAGGCAGCUUUAUACCCCUGAUCAGGAGUCCUGUGGCUGUCAACGCUAUCAAAGCUAUGAAAGCAGUCUGAACAAUUUUCCUUCUGGUUGCUUAUGUGAGACCGCUCCGAAAAACAUCAAGAAGUGACUGAAAUAUUUGAUUUUCUUUGUUUUUGUCGUCUUUCAGUGAAUUUCCAUCGCAUUAAAUUUCUUGCUAUCGCGACAGAAGACAAGAUUGAAGUUUACGCGUGGGCACCAAAACCCUAUCACAAGUUUAUGGCUUUUAAGGUAAGUACACUCAUUGUCUUUCAGCGGCCUUUUAAUAAAAUUUAAUUAAAGUUUUCCUCAUCAAACGUUUGCAGCUUUGAAGGUUAAGCAGCCUGUUCUUUUUGUUAAGCUCUUGUCCAAAUUUCAGUUCGGUCCAGAAUUUUCGACGAAUAACCACGCGGUGAAACUGCUGCCACUAAAUCUUUCUUUUUUUUUUUCGAUCGAUCCCUUCUUGUUGCGUGUGCUGUGUGGUAAUUUUUGCGCGUUCCCUCGCGAGUCUCGAUUCGCGCAUUUUCGCGCCCGCUCGUUUAAUACGAAACUCGCGCGCGCGUCUUUCGAGAGAGACUAUAACGUCUGUUCGCCGUAUUUUAAGCUCCAAGGAAGCCCUAACCGUAUUCUAUUUUUCGCAGUCUUUUCCUUAUCUGGUUCAUCGACCUCUGAUGUUGAAUGUGACAAUAGAGGCUGAAAAUAGCAGGUUAAAAGUCUGUUAUUCUUCAGAAAUAGGUAAGAAAAGUCAAGUGUUGGCUCAGGUUUAUUUUGUGAUAAUACCUCUUAGCAUCGAUAGCGAAAAUUGACGAGAUUCCUGCGAUUUUUUUUUUGUAGGUUUUCAUGCAGUAGAUUUGGAUUCGGCCUCAGUCAAUGAUUUAUUUAUACCAAGUCAGGUGAGAGAGUUAAGCGUAUCUUUUGUGCUUCCUAGAGCACCAAAAAGGGAAAAUAUGUGCAGUCAUUUUCUGUGUUAAUGGAAGAAAUGUUGCCAUUGAAAAGCUUUGCAUGGUGAAGAUGGUUUCAUAAGAUUUGAAUGGUCAUGCUGUAUGAUUUGUUCCACGAAGUCAAAAGUUAGAACCUGCCUUGUAAACAGUACCACAGGCAAGUACUGCUCAGUAGGUUUCAUUAGAAUGGUCACACUUUAGGAUUUCAUCAGCAGACUCAAGAGUUAGAACGACCUUAUGCAGCAUAAUAGACAGUACCACAGUAAAGUAUUGACUGCACAGUAACUUUCAUAUGUAUGGUCAAACUCUAGGAUUUCAUCCUCAGAAUCACUGUUAUGUUGUUUUGGUUGGUUUUAAAUUUUGGCAUAAUUUAUUUUUGUUAUUUCCCUAAUUGUGUCUCCAUUUUACAGCUUCAAGAGAAGUUCCAGCCUCACGCAAUUAUUCCUUUGCCAAGUAAGUGUUUUGCCCACUUCUAAGUUGGCUAUCUCCACUUUACGAAAAUAGUACUGAAUAAUAACAACUUGGGAAAGUACUGCCCACUAGUUUUCAAGUUGAAUGAUCAAAUGUUAUAUUUUCAUGUACAGGACUUAAUUGUACUACAGCACUUCAAGAUAUUACUAACUGCAUCCUAAGAUUUCCAAAAUUUACGCUAUGAGGAAUAUUUCGAAGUUCGUUACUCUGUGUUAAGUUACUAUUGAAUUUCAAGUCAACAAUAAGCACCAGAUAAAAUAUGUGCGGGAGAGCUGUAAAGCCCAUACAAAUCAGUAGAGAAUUUUUAUUAUGCCAGGAAAAUGAAACGAUCAGAAGAGAUCUGUAUCAAAAAAUGAUGAAUAUUGAUUGCUAAGCAUCGUAAUUUAUCAACCCAGUAAGCCACUUCCUGGUUCGAAAAACUCUCACUUUCAAAAUGAGGCCAAGUGCGCAACCUCUUUUGUGAAAUUGAGUUUUAUUUACAUGCGAAUGAAAAAUCGUUUCCAUGUCAAAGAAUGAGCACUUCACCUCGUUUUGAUACGGAGGCCCGGAGGAACUCGCAAAUGGCCUGUUGAUUUGUAUUGGGCUUUACAGAGGUAUACAUGUGACUCAAAUAAAACCUUCUGAUUGGUCAUGGAGAUAAUCAAUGAAUUGUACAAGAUUGCGUUACUUUAUUGCAGGUUCGAGUGGUUUGGAACUUCUCCUUUGCUUCAAUAGUAAGUCGAACUCUCUUUCUAUCUUAUGGUUUAGUUGCAUUUAUUUUAAUUCGCUCCCUGUGCAACGCACUUGGCGAGUAGGGGUGUUGACGGAAUGUUAAGCUGUUUCUAUUAAUUCCAACCCAAUCAUCCCUUUAAAGUGAACUAUGCUCCAAACAUUACCUCUGUAACAAGAAGUAGUGAAGUUUGUGGGAAGAACAGCCCGUGGGAAGCCUGCAAAGUCCUUCCUCGGAAAACGUGAUGAAAACGUUCGAAAUACUUGCUGUUAAAGGCUGAGGGCUGUGAAGGUUAUUAUAGGUCACACGUCUUUCACAAACGUAUGAAAUAAUCGUCAUUUUCGACGAAACUUCUACACUUUCGGCGAGUGACUGUAUUUUGACGCGUGUGUGUUGAGAAUCAAAGGUAACGAUAGAGUUGUUAGUAAGUAAUAAUUCAUUAGACUUUGUCAGAAUUCAUCGCUCGUUAAAUCAGUUUUAAUUAACCUUUGCUGGUUUCUUGCACAGAUGAAGGAGUAUACGUGAAUACUAACGGCGAACUUGUGAGACAUGCAGUGUUGCAGUGGGGAGAAACUCCUUAUGCCAUUGGUAAGUUUAUCUAUUUGCUAAUAGGACAAUAGAAGACAGGUGAAACAAUGCAUACAGGAGGAAAAGGCAAAAAGAAAAUACUUACAAGCUUAGAAAAAAACUUCAUGUACACAUGGCGAACCAAAAUAAUUUACAUGCAAAGCAGAAGCCCUCCAAGCACCCCCACCCCCCUCACUUUUCUAAUGGGCAUCCCUUAGUCAUAAACAUCAUGUACACAUGGCGAACCCAAAAAAUUUACGUGCAAAGCAGAAGCCCUCCCAACACCCCCAGCACCCCCACCCCCCUCACUUUUCUAAUGGUCCAUCCCUUAGUCAUUGUAGAAAUUACCCAACAAAUGGCUUGAACCAAACAGAUAAAGCGUCGCCAUUCCCCACUACAGAAACUCUAUGGGGAAUGGGUACAAACUUUCGGCGAAACGGUUUGUGGGAUCGUUUGGGUGGACAAGGAUUGGUUACGAUUGGUCAUGGUUCUCAAGGCAACCAUUAACCAAUCAUGACUAACGCUUAUCCACCCAAACGAUCCGACAAACCGUUUCGCCAAAGGCCUGUACCCAUUCCUCUUGCAGUUUCUGGGGUAGGGAAUUGUGUGUGAUGAAUAUUUUCGCUUGGCACCCUUGUUACUUUUUCCCGCGCUUGGCACCAGGUGCACUUUUUCCCGCUCUUCAGAUCCGUUUGCACAAAUUUCCCGCGUAGAUUACCGGGUGCACUUUUUUUGUUUGAUUUCUGAUUGGCUUGUUUGUUGUUAUCAGUCAAUCAGUCAGACAGGUGUUCUUUGAUUAUAAAAAAGCAAGUUCUUUUAGUAAUUGCUUCUAUUGGAAACUGCCAUUUUAGCUCACAUAGGAUCAGGCCAAAUUAUGGGCUGGGGAGAAAAAGCCAUUGAGGUGCGCUCUGUGGAGAAUGGUCUUCUGGAUGGCGUGUUCAUGCAUAAGAGAGCACAGACAUUUAGAUUCCUCUGUGAAAGAAAUGAAAAGGUGUGUAGACAUUUAUUUCAGGGAAAAUAAGUUUUUGACACCAGGAAACUUUUGGUGCGAAUUAAAAGUUGCAAGAACAAUCGAGAAGUGUGACGUCACAAAAAUUAAAAUUUGUGAAAUUAUGAGAUUGGUUCGCAUAUUCAGAAAGAGCAAGAAGAAAAAUACCCGCUUGCUAAAAAUCAGCCUGUUAGUACAAAUUGGUUGGGAGAUAUAAGCACCAUUAUGCUCUGACCCAUACAUUAAUCCUUGUAAGAUUGGCUUGGACUCGUGACGCUUUCGAUCCAGGCCUAGUGUUUAGAAGGACUAUAUGGAGUCAUCAGAACAUAACGGUGCUUAUAUCCCUCCUCCACUUUGCAUUAACAGGCUGAUUUUUGGCAAGCGAACAUUUUUCAUCUUCUUAUUUCUGAAUAUGCUAACCUAUCCCAUAAUUUCACACAUUUUUGUGACGUCAUCACUUCUCUUUAUUGCUUGGGAUCUCUUAGCGUCUAUUAAACACUUCAUUCAAGCUUGUUGCUGAUGAGCCCUGUAAUAGCUUUUAGCGUGACCUGGCUCCCAGUGGAUAUGCUUUUCGUGCAAAAUGUUCUGCAGUAAUCUAAAAUUGUAUGCUACAAGGGAAUCCCGGAUAAAACAGAAAAAUUCCUAAGUCUCUUCAGUAGGUUGUAGUCGCCUAUUCUCUCCAUAAGGUCUAAAACGUAAUGAGGUGUUCGACGUUUUGAGCGAAAUAGAUUAUAACGAGGAUUUUCGCACAUCUCAUUAGUCUUUGCUUUUUUGUAGGUUUUCUUUGCAUCUCGAUCGAGUUCAAGUGGUCAGAUAUACUUUAUGACGCUAAGCAAAACGUUCAAGAACUUUGGAUACUGAUAACAACCCGC